UGCAGGCGGCGAAAUGGGGAAGAUGGCGGCGGCCGUGGGCUCUAUGGCGACGCUGGCGGCAGAGCCGGGAGAGGACGCCUUUCGGAAGCUUUUCCGUUUCUACCGGCAGAGCCGCCCCGGGACCGCAGACCUGGGAGGAGUCAUCGACUUCUCGGCGGCCCAAGCAGCCUGCGGCACCGGGCCUGGGGCCCUCAAGGUGGUCAGAUCUCCGCUAAGUGUGUCCUCCGUGAGUGAGCAUGAUGCACAUAGAGCAGGACUUCAGCCAGUCAGCAAGUGGCGAGCCUAUGGACUUGAAGGCUAUCCCGGGUUUAUUUUUAUCCCAAACCCCUUCCUCCCAGGUUACCAGUGGCACUGGAUAAAGCAGUGCCUUAAGUUAUAUUGCCAGAAACCUAAUGUAUGCAACCUGGACAAACACAUGACUAAGGAAGAAACCCAAGAUCUGUGGGAACAGAGCAAAGAGUUUCUGAGGUAUAAAGACUUAAAUAAACGAAGACCCCGAAGUUUACUAGAGAAAUUACGCUGGGUGACCCUAGGCUACCAUUACAACUGGGAUAGUAAGAAAUACUCAGCAGAUCAUUAUACACCUUUCCCUUCUGACCUGGCUUUCCUCUCAGAGCAAGUAGCCGCUGCCUGUGGGUUUCAGGAUUUCCAAGCUGAAGCAGGUAUCCUGAAUUACUAUCGAUUAGACUCCACACUAGGAAUCCACGUGGACAAAUCUGAGCUAGAUCACUCCAAACCCCUGCUAUCAUUCAGCUUUGGACAGUCUGCCAUCUUUCUCCUGGGCGGCCUCAAAAGAGAUGAAGCCCCCACCGCCAUGUUUAUGCACAGCGGUGACAUCAUGGUAAUGUCAGGUUUCAGCCGCCUGUUGAACCAUGCCGUCCCUCGGGUCCUGCCAAGUCCGGAGCGGGAAAGCCUGCCCUGCUGCCUUGCGACGCCUCUCCCAGCUGUGCUGCCCAGAGACUCAAUGGUGGAGCCCUGUUCAGAAGAGGACCGGCAGGUGUGUGCCAGCUACUUAAAAACUGCUCGUGUUAACAUGACUGUCCGACAGGUGCUGGCCACAGACCAGGACUUCCCUCUGCAGCCUGUGGAGGAACCUAAAAGAGACGUUGCCACAGAAGGUCUCUGCCAUUUGGAUGGCGAGAGAAGCCCAUUCAAACGAGCACGGUUAAACCCUGACUCUUGAGGUGUGGAGAUGCCAUUCUCCUCCUCGGGCAGGGCUUCUGGUAAAUGACUGUUGCCAUAGAUUUUCCCAAAACAAGCCAAAAACAGGGGAAACUCAUCACUCAUCACAUUGUUUGCUUUGAAACCUAUCCUGAAGAGAGAAGUUGUCAGGCACCGUGUGGAAAGUCCCGGGAAGCAUCGCCUUCCACAGCAGCUUCUCAGCCUCUGCCAUUAUCUCGGGGGAAAGCAGAAGGGAAUUUCCACCUCUAUAAGCUUUUUAAAUACCUCAGGUUUAGUUAAUGGGAAACACAGUAUCCUUCCUACCUCUCUAUCUGGUGAUUUGUGAUAAAUCUGGAGUUCCAUGCAUCAGCCUUUAAUCUCACCUUAAUCCCUCCAGUCACCAUCAAAUCCUUUGCUCUUUUCUGACCUUCACAGAAGAUUUCUACAUUAAUUAAGACAAUCCUACAUGAAUUAAGAAAAGAAAUUAAUCACACUGUCUCUAUUGCCUACAGGGUAAACCCAAGGAAAGGGUGAGAAUAGUUUCCCCCACCAUCCUUCAGGUCUCUAAACUCUCCCUGUUGGCUUUUUAAUGCAGUUUUAGUUGUUGGACUAAAAAAGUCCUGAGGGUAUUCUGUAACUGUUUUCUCCGUGAAUAAACUUACUCGAUUUUAAAUUGAAGCUCUGUACCUGUCAUUGAGGGUUAGUGUAUCUGUGAUUAGUUUUUUUUUCCUAUUUUUACAUGUUAAGUUUUGCAUGUUAUCUCGCUGUUCCUGCUCUACACGUUCUUUGCAGCUUGUGUCACAGAUAAUAUUCCUUAAUACUCCCAUCACUGCUGUCAUUUUUGAUUGUAGACAGCCUGAAAAAUGCACGAAACGUGGAGUUUUAACCUCUAUACCCCAUCUCAGCUUGACUCGCUGUAUCCUGAGCGAAGUUACUUACAUUUCUCUGGACCUCAGUUUCCUCCUUCAUCAAAUGAUAAUAUUUGCUACCAUCUUCCUAGAGGGAUAUUGAUAUUUCAAAUGGGAAUUUAGUGUUCCUUUCUGGAAACGUGUGCCAAAUUUUAUUACUAAAUGGACUCUUAGAAAUAUCCCAGCUUAUUUGCUCAUGUGGAUGUCUGACUGGAAGCCACUUUGAUACCUGCUGCUUGCACCAUGACUUGCUGAAUUUGCAUUCUCUGCCCUGCAUUUCUUUUCCUUACAAGUACUGAAUAUUGAGUUCAUACUAUAAUCUCAGGGAUUUUUUUUUUUAAAGUUUGAUUUAUGCAUACAAGAGCUGGAGUACAGGCCAGAGAUGUGGAGGGUGAGAGGACUCACCAGAGACAGAGUGGGGAACAGAACAGGCGGAUCUACUGAAAUACACUGCUGAGGGGAGCAGCAGGUGAGACAGGAGAGGUCUGCUGCACCAUGCGGGUUGCUCUCUGGCUGG